CUAGUUGCAGUCAUGGCCGCCGCGACGCCUCUCUCCCCCGAGGACCUGCUCCUGCCCAAGGGCGGUACGGGCAAGGCCGAGGAGCUGGAGGAAGUGAUGACGGAGGAGGAGGACGACGAGGAGGUGGAUGAGACGUUGGCAGAGAGGCUUUGGGGCUUAACAGAGAUGUUCCCCGAGAGCGUCCGGACUGCAGCCGGAGCGUCCUUCGACUUGUCUCUUUCUGUUGCCCACAAAAUGUACAGAUUCUCCAGGGCAGCUUUGUGGAUUGGGACUACCUCCUUCAUGAUCCUAGUUCUUCCUGUUGUUUUUGAAACGGAAAAACUUCAGAUGGAGCAGCAGCAGCAACUGCAGCAGCGGCAGAUUUUAUUAGGACCCAACACAGGGCUGUCCGGAGGGAUGCCAGGAGCCCUGCCUUCUCUUCCUGGAAAGAUUUAGAGAAAUUACUUUGGAACCAUAUCAUGAAAGGCAAUCUUGAAAUUAUUUGUUGGAACUAUUGAUUGGUUAGGCUGGGGCAUUUUUGCCAUAAACCUUGGAAUAUCAACCUAUUCAUGGUGGAGGCAGGAUAACUGUCUGGAUCUCCUGAAAUGGGCUAUCUGCCUCCCCCCUUUAGGUAGUCAUGAC